ACACAGACGAAUACGUCAAAUUUUGUAAAUAAAUAAAAAUGUUUUUCUUUCCUUUUCGUGUAGUACACCAAAGAGUGAAAAAAAGUUAAAAAAUUUGUUAAGUUAUGUUUCGUCGGGCAUCGUAACUUCAGUCGAGCGUCUCACGUCGAGCUGAUCGGAUCAUUUUCGUCUUUUAUCUAAGAAAAACAAAAAAAUAAUAAUAAAAUAAUAAAAAAAAAAUUGUGUGCCGGACAUUUUAUAUUUGUGUUUGUGAAUUGCCAGUUGUUUAAACAGCCACGACGAUGAUUGAAUCACUCCGCGAACGCCUCUCGAAUUACGGGCAGGAGCAUUUGUUGCAAUUUUGGGACGCCUUGUCGAACGAGGAACGCAGCGCGCUGGUCGAAGACAUCCAGGAACUGAAUUUGGAGGAAGUUCAGUCGUUCUUCAAGCGUGCCACGCAUUCGUUAACGGACAACAACACAAAGUUAGAUGAUCGCUUGGAGCCGAUACCCGAAUCGAAGUACAUGUCGAUCAGCAGGACGAGCGAAGAAAAGUUGCAAAUGUAUCGUCGCGAGGGCUUGCGACAUGUGAGCGAAAGUAAAGUCGGAGUUUUGUUGAUGGCAGGCGGACAGGGCACGCGUUUGGGCUUUUCGCACCCAAAAGGCAUGUAUAACGUGGGUUUGCCUUCGGGAAAAACCCUUUUUCAGAUCCAGGCGGAGCGAAUUCGACGCUUGCAACAAAUGGCUUUCGAGGAAACGGGCAAACGGGGCAUUGUCUCGUGGUACAUUAUGACGAGUGAACACACGAUGGAGCCGACUAUGGAGUAUUUCCGUAAAAAUAACUACUUUGGGCUGCACAAAAGUGACAUUUUCAUGUUCGAACAGGGCAGUUUGCCGUGUUUUACGUUCGACGGCAAGAUUAUUAUGGAUGCCAAGCAUCGGAUUGCGCGCGCGCCCGACGGAAAUGGCGGACUUUAUCGCGCCCUGAGAGACCGCGGGGUGCUUGACAACAUUUUGAACCGGGGCGUCGAGUAUCUGCAUGCGCACAGUGUUGACAAUAUUUUAAUUAAAGUAGCUGAUCCCAUUUUUAUCGGAUACUGUGCGUCGCAGAAUGCCGAUUGCGCGGCAAAAGUCGUCGAAAAGGCGUCUCCGAAUGAGGCAGUUGGCGUCGUUUGUAUCGUAGAUGGCAAAUAUCAAGUUGUCGAGUACAGCGAAAUUACGGAAAAAACCGCAGAAAUGCGAAAUCCCGAUGGACGACUCACUUUCAGUGCGGGAAAUAUUUGCAACCAUUUCUUUAGUGCUUCAUUCCUCCAUAAAAUCGGCAAAGAAUACGAACAAAAGCUAAAAUUGCAUGUAGCGAAGAAAAAAAUUCCCUUUGUCAAUGGAGCGGGGGAACGAAUCACUCCAGCAUCCCCGAACGGGAUAAAAAUCGAAAAAUUCGUCUUUGAUGUCUUUGAAUUCGCCGAGAAAUUUGUGACGGUUGAAGUGCCGCGAGAUGUUGAAUUCAGUGCCCUCAAAAAUGCCGAUAGCGCGGGCAAGGAUUGUCCUUCGACGGCUCGCAAAGACAUCUUUAAGCUCCACAAAGCCUACGUUGAACGUGCUGGCGGCCAAAUAAUCGGCGAUGAAGUCGAAAUUUCGCCUUUACUGUCGUACGAGGGCGAAAAUCUCGAAGCAAUUGUCAAGGGAAAAGUCUUUAAGGCGCCAAUUCACUUGAAACAAGACGACGAACACACCAACGGUCAUCACAAACUGUGAUGAUGAUGAAAGUAGUUUACCUUGGACGUUGUAUCUUAACGAAAAAAACCUAAAAAGACACUAUGUAAAUAUAAAGAGAUAUAUUUUUAAUAUGAAUAAUUCAUGCAAUAUAAUAAAAGUAACCGUACUAUGAUGAUUGACUAUGUAACGCGCAUACCUUUAAACUCAUGCAUGUAUUCAUAUUUAUUGUUCAAAAUGUUGCAUCAGAUUUGUAAUAUAAUAAUAUAAUUAUAAAUUGGCUAUGCCAACCAACACAAAGCUACUUUCCUCGGCGCGGCGCAAAUACUUCAAAUUAAAUGAACCGUUCACAAAAAAAUUUUUUUUUUUUGCUAAAUUAGUUUUGAAUUGGAAUUCGUGCGGAAUUCUUGCAAAAAAAGGCUGUUGCAAUAAGGGAAAAUUUUUUACAUCACAAAAUAAUUAAAAAUAAAAAUUUUAU